AUGAGUUUAACAGUACCUUUCAAGCAAGUUGAUGUAUUCACUGAAAAGCCGUUCAAAGGCAAUCCAGUCGCAGUAGUAAACUUCUUAGAAGUUGAUGAAAGUGGAGUCACUCAAGAAGAACUACAGGCGAUUGCCAAUUGGACUAACUUAUCAGAAACAACUUUCUUAUUCAAACCAUCAGAUGACAAAUGUGAUUAUAAGUUAAGAAUCUUCUCCCCAAGAAGCGAAUUACCAUUUGCUGGACAUCCGACCAUUGGCUCUUGUAAAGCUUUCCUUGAGUUCACCCAGAAUACCACUGCCACUUCCAUUAUUCAAGAAUGUGGGGUGGGUGCUAUCCCAUUAACAAUUAGUGAUGGAUUAAUUAGCUUCAAAGCUGCACUAGCUGAUUACGAAGCUAUAUCUAAUGAGGUAAUUGCUAAUUACGAAGAAGCAAUUGGCUUAAAGUUCGUUACAGCUCCGGCUCUCUUGCAUACCGGGCCAGAGUGGAUUGUGGCGUUAGUAGAAGAUGCAGAAACUUGUUUUAAUGCAAAUCCAAACUUUGGUAUGCUCGGACGCCAAACAAAACAAAACGAUCAUUUGGGAAUUAUUCUAGCAGGCCCUAAAAAGACAUCCUCAAUCAAAAAUUCUUACGAAAUGAGGGCCUUUGCUCCGGCGGUAAACGUCAAUGAAGAUCCUGUUUGUGGUAGUGGUUCCUUGGCACUUGCAAGAUAUCUACAGGAACUUUACAAAUUUGAAGAAACCACAGACAUCACCAUUUCCCAAGGAGGAAGGUUAGAUAGGGAUGGUCAUAUUAUAGCUUCGAUUAAGAAAGAAGCAAAUGGUAGCACCUCCUAUCAUGUAGCAGGUCAUGCAAUUACUGUUAUUGACGGUAAAAUCAAACUUUAA